AUGCUUCCUUUAAACGUGGUGACGAAUGAUGGUGAGGUGAACGAUCCCGAGGCGCUCGAGCGUGGGUUGCGCGCGCUGAGCGAAAUUGGAGUCGAGGGCGUGAUGAUCGACGUGUGGUGGGGCAUCGUCGAACGCGACGGUCCGCGAAAGUACGACUGGGCGGCGUAUAGAGAAGUUAUCGACAUGAUAAAAGACGCUGGUUUGAAAGUACAGGCGGUGAUGUCGUUUCACGCGUGCGGGGCGAACGUUGGAGACGUCGUGGAAAUUCCUUUGCCCGACUGGGUGCUCGAAGCGGGGAAGAAGGACCCAGACUUGUUCUUCACCGAUCAGUACGGCUAUCGGAAUCCGGAGUGUAUUUCGCUUUGGGCCGACAACGCCGCGACGUUGGCCGGACGAACACCGAUGAAUACGUACAAGGACUUCAUGAUUAGUUUUAGAAACACCUUCAAGGCUGAGCUCGGAACGACGCUGACUGAAAUCGCCGUCGGCUGCGGACCAUGCGGCGAGUUGCGGUAUCCUGCGUAUCCAGAGAACAGAUUUGCGCAAAAAGCAUCGCAAUGGCGAUUUCCCGGUAUUGGUGAAUUUCAAUGUUACGAUCAACGCUCUCUUCUGUCUCUCUCUCGCGCGGCGUCGGAGGCUGGACACAUUGAGUGGGGCGGAUCGGGCCCGCACGACACCGGCGGAUACAACAACCUACCCUUUGAGACCGGUUUCUUUCGUUACGACGGAGGUAGUUGGGACUCUGAAUAUGGAUCGUUCUUCUUGUCUUGGUACUCGAGCGAACUCGUUAACCACGGCGAUCGGAUGCUCGAGAUGACGAAGCGAGUCUUUGAUAAACGCGGAGUGACGCUCGCCAUUAAAUGUGCAGGAGUGCAUUGGUGGUAUAACGUUCGUUCACACGCCGCAGAGCUUACCGCUGGAUAUUUCAACACUCGUGCCGGGGAAUUUGUUUCCGAACGCGAUGGCUACGCCCCGAUCGUGAGAGUUUGCAAGAAGCACGGCGCUCGCUUGAACUUUACGUGUGUCGAGAUGCACGACAGCGAUCAUCCGUGGUACUGCUAUUGCGGACCCGAGGGUUUAUUGCGCCAGAUUCGCUCAGCGUGUGCGCGAUUCGAUGUCCCUUUCGCGGGCGAAAACGCGCUCUGUCGAUUCGAUCAGGCAGCGUAUGAUAAAAUCAUCAAAAAUUGCGCUGGAGAGGGCAACGACGAGGAAAUGUGGCGAGAGGGCACAAUGCUUCCUCCGAUGGCCUGUUUCACGUUUUUGAGAUUCAACGCCGAGCUUUUCAGUCCGUUCGCUUUCGAGUCGUUCAGAAUUUUCGUUCAGCGCAUGCGCGACGAAACCGGUUUACUCGACACCUCGAUCGGCAACACCUCUGAUGAAGAGGCGUCAACCGAAGAUGUCGACGAAAUAUCAUCCGAGUCGCGCGUGCAGCUCGGGUUGUAA